AUGGCAAGCAACAUUACCUCUGUUUCAAAGAGGGAAAAAGUAAUUUCCCUCUGGUCGUCCGGCUAUCAAAAUAAAGGAAUAUGCUCAAGGCUUCACCUUUCACAUCAAACCGUCUCCAAUAUCCUUUCAAAGUUCCUGCAAAAUGGGACGGUGGCUGCAGGAAAACCAGGAUGGAAAGAACGCACAGUCGCUACUCCAAAUGUGGUGGAAUUUGUGGAGUAUAGCAAGGUUUUUACAUCACGGGAGGAAACUGUUUGUUGACUGAGUUAGCAUCAAUCGCUGUAGCUAUAGACGAAUCACGUAAAACAUAUUAAAGUAAAAAAUACAGUUGCAAACGAAAACAGUUUACUGCAAUAUAUGUUUGUAGUUUUAGAGCUUGUUGUUCAGUUCUAUCGAUUCAUCUUGUUUACAUUCCUUCGUCAACAUAGUUUUGCUCUAUGAUUGCCGCAAUUACCCUUGCGAUUCAUAUUAUUUCAGUUUUAUAAUACUGUAGAACACUGAUGCUUGGUUAAGUUAGUGAAUAAACACAAUCUUGCUUUUAUUUGACAUCUGUGUGUACUAAAAAGGUGUUUGUGUAUACAUUCCCACUGUCCGGUAUUUGAACCCGUUCAAAACAAUUAUGAACUUUAUUUUUAUACUAUAAAUUUACGACAUAACUCUCCAUUGUGUGGAAUUUACGAGGCUUUGGACAGAAAGUAACUUUUAAAUGACAAAUCCACAAUGACUGAAAAUGUUCUGCGAAAUAGCUGGUGUGAUUGUUUGCAAACCUUGAAUAAUCUCAAGUUCUGUGAAGUUAAUUGAAAACUGUUCGUGUUGUCUCAAAUAUGCCUUCAUCGACCUAAAACAAAACUCACAAGAAUUAAACUCAGGACUAUAAGGGGGUUGAAAAAUUAAUUCAACACCGCGAUUUGUUAGCAGUAAGUGCAACUGGUUUUCCACGAAAACUCCCUGGUGAAAGCCACAGUUGUCCAUUACAAUAACAUCUCCAUUCGCCAAGACUGGAUUCCCCAAAUGGUCUACAGCUUGUAAACUUUCUUCGAAGAAAUGAAUCAUUUCAAAUCUAUUAGAAGGGCCUUCCAAAAUAUUAAAGUUAUCAAUACCAAAAUGGCUAUGGAGAAGGUUUACAGUGUAGUUACAGUUUGAGGCGUACCGUUGGAUUUCAACUGCUAGAAGGCCUUUCUUGCUAUGUCCGUAACUCCGAUUUGGCGUUGUUUUCACGACGGAGGUUUCAUCAAAAAAAUGAACCAUACAGGGAUCAACUCCCGACAUAUACAUAAUAUAGUUCAAAGUUUUCAGAAGAUUUUCAUGAGUUAAAGAUUCUGCAGGA